AUGGGGUUUUUUGGCGAUCGUAGAGAUAGAGAACAAGAAUAUCAAAGACCAAAUGGUCCACCACCUCCAAAUAGAGAUUACCAACAACAAGGCGGUGAAAGAGGUUAUUAUCAACAACAAGGCAGUGAAAGAGGCUUUAAUUCAUAUGAAGAUGAUGGAUAUUCUCGCCCAAAUGGUCCUCCUCCUCCAAACAGAGACUAUGAUAACUUUGAGAACGAUGGUUUCUCUCGUCCAAAUGGCCGUCCUCCUCCAAAUAGGGAUUAUGAACAAGAUAAUCAAAGAGGUUACGAUAGUUAUGGAAACGAUGAUUAUUCCCGUCCAAAUGGCCCUCCUCCUCCAAACAGAGAUUAUCGACAACAAGAUAAUCAAAGAGGUUAUAACGGAUAUGAAGAGGAUAAUUAUUCUCGUCCAAAUGGCCAGCCUAAUAGACGUGAAGAAUAUAAUAGAACCAAUGAAUAUAAUGAUGAUUCAAGAAAUUACCAACGUCCAGGUAUGACACCACCAAGUCAAAACUAUAACAAUAACAAUAACAAUUACCAGCAAAAUAGCAACCAAGGUUAUAGACCUCCAAAUGGUCCUCCGCAGGGCUAUGUUCAACCAGAAAAUAUGCAAAGACCUCCACAAAGCAUGCAAAACAUUGAAGGUAUUCAAGCUCAAUAUCAAUACUCUCAAUGUACUGGUAAACGUAAGGCUCUUCUGAUUGGUAUCAACUAUUUGGGCACUAAAAAUCAAUUGAACGGUUGUAUCAACGAUGUUCACAAUAUCCAUAGCUUUUUAACUCAAAGACAUGGCUAUAAUCCAGAUGACAUAGUUAUGCUAACUGAUGAUCAACAAUCAAUGGCAAAAGUUCCAACAAGAGAUAAUAUGAUAAGAGCUAUGAAAUGGUUAGUUAAAGACGCACAACCAAAUGAUUCUCUAUUUUUCCAUUAUUCAGGACAUGGUGGUCAAGUUAAAGAUGAAGAUGGUGAUGAAGAAGAUGGCCUAGAUGACGUUAUUUAUCCAAUCGAUUUUGAAAGUAAAGGUCCAAUUAUUGAUGAUGAAAUGCAUGAUAUAAUGGUUAAACCAUUGCCGGCGGGUGUCAGAUUGACUGCGUUAUUUGAUUCUUGUCAUUCUGGUACUGUUUUAGAUUUACCUUACACUUAUUCUACCAAAGGUGUUAUUAAGGAACCAAGUAUUUGGAAAGAUGUCGGAGAAAAUGGUAUCCAAGCUGCUAUGGCAUAUGCACAAGGUAAUCGUGCCAUGUUGAUGACUUCUUUAGGAAGUAUUAUUAGCAGUGUUAAAAAUGGUGCCACAAAUAACGUCGAUCGUGAAAAAGUGAGACAAAUUAAAUUUUCUCCUGCAGAUGUGGUUAUGAUUUCUGGUUCUAAAGAUAAUCAAACUUCGGCAGAUUCUAAAGUCAAUGGUGUCGCGACUGGUGCUAUGUCAUACGCCUUUAUCCAAGUCAUGACUAACCAACCAGAACAAUCAUAUUUAUCUUUAUUAAAAAAUAUGAGAUCUGAAUUGGCUCAAAAGUACACCCAAAAACCACAAUUAUCUGCCUCUCAUCCAAUUGAUGUUAAUGUUCAGUUUAUUAUCUAA